GCGUUGCUUGGUGGUUUCAACGUGGAGCGCUUUGAUGUUGAACAGGCUGUAUCUUCGGCACGAAUUUCUUGCCUACAGCCUGACAACGCAGACUUCGACAGCGAGAGAAGUCCCAGCGCAGCCCCAUCUUGGUAAACAUGGCGGCAGGAUCUUUCGGGAGAGCUGCUCGCGCACUGGGCUAUGUAUGUAUACAUGCAUGCACUUGUGAAAGCCAGCAGCGAGGAGACACUCCGUUCACCGUGAACUUCACGCCGCGCAAACGCUUCUCCCAUCUGUGUCGGUGCAACGCGAACGAAGAGCGUCUACUUGUACCUGCCUCGGUCUGUAUUGCUUGCAUUGCACGUUGCAAGUGUUGCCAAGGCUCACCUCAAGAACGAUAUUAUCGACACAUACGAAGCGUUGGAAGUCAUCCUCUCGCCUUAGCCGCUAAGGCAUUGUACCGGAAAUGCUUGUGAAAUACAUCCACGCCAUAAACUGCGUUGCCCAAUCUUGAAGUUGGCUCGGAAUUCGUCGACAGAGCGUAGAGAGGGUGGCAGCGUUCGUAAGCGCAAACGAGCGAGCACGUUCGGACGAUCGCGCAUUUGUUAAACUGUGGGGCUCACGACUGCGGUGAGCAGGGGAGACACAUCAGGAGAAAAGUGCCGGACACACUGGACAUCCACGCUGCGUUUUCUGCGAUCUGAGCCGAGUCUUGCCUGGAUAGGCUCACUACAGAGGACGUUGAAGUGUGAGACGCAGCCAUCUUCUCAUCGACGCAGCCAAAGUCUAUAAUACUUGUAGUUUCUGAACAUCGCUGCAGCUAUUAUUCUCUUCGUGCACUGCGUUUUAUCUGAAUGGAACCGUCUCCGAUGAAAAUCUAAGGUAAAAAGCAUACACGGUGCAG